ACUGUUCAGCGAAUCAGAUAAUCCGACUGGGCGGACGUCAGAAUACGUAAUUAAUAUUCAUGAGUCAAGCUCUUGUAGACCUCGGCCGAAAACACAGAUCUUCACAAACGUCGAUUAAACCGAUUGAUAACUACAACGGUGCAUCAUGGCAGAUGAAAAGGUGAAGAAGUCAGAGGGCAAACAAGUCGAGGGAAUCUUUGGGUUUGGAAAGAAGGAUAAAGACAAAGACAAGAGCAAAGACAAGAGUGAUUCUAAGGAUAAAGAUAAGCACAAAGAACACAAAGAUAAAGAACAUAAAGGCAAAGACAAAAAGAAGAAAGACAAGGAGCACAAGAAGAAGGAUGGUGACAAGUCCUCGUCUUCCUCCAGUGAUUCGGACUGAAGCAAGACUGAAGAUUCAUAUAACACAAUAUUAUUAAAUACAUAGGGGAGUAAUCAAUAGCUUGAAGUUUUUGAGCUGUAAUCCCAAACUUCCACAAGGUGGCGCUACUUGCAUGCCAAAUCUUCAAUGAAACACUGUAAAAAAACAGACUUGUGAGAUAUUGUGUGUAAAAUUGUUUUCUGGUUUAAUAAAUUCUGAUGUUUGAAAUA